AGGGGAAGAAGAGGGGAUAUAAAUAAGUGUAGGGCUCGUCGAGCUCAAUGGCCCAGCCGGAGGCCAUACUGGAGUGGUUGCAGAAGGAAAUGGGGUACCGGCCGUUGGGCCCGUACUCUGUUUCGAGCAAGUCGCAGGCGCCGUCCACCGACUCACUCCGCAAGAUCUGCCGCGGUAACAUGAUCCCGGUGUGGAGUUUUCUGAUGAAGCGCGUGAAAUCCGAGAAGACGGUGGAGAAUAUCAGGAGGAAUAUCACGGUUCAUGGUGGGGGAGAUGUGGGUGGUGGCAGUUCUCCGAAUUUGGGGAAGGAGGAGGGUAGAGGUAAAGGCAGGAGGAAGGAGAAAACGGGUGGGGAUAGUUCUGGCCUCGCGGACAGCAGGGAGGCUGCACUGCAGGAGAGGGAAUUGGCUGUGAAGGAGGUGGACAGGUUGAGGAACAUUUUGAGGAGGCAGAGGAAGGAUUUGAAGGCGAGGAUGAUGGAGGUCUCGAGGGAGGAGGCUGAGAGAAAGAGGAUGCUUGACGAGCGAACAAAUUACAGGCACAAGCAGGUGAUGUUAGAAUCUUAUGACCAACAGUGUGAUGAAGCAGCUAGAAUAUUUGCAGAAUAUCACAAACGACUUCAUUAUUAUGUCAGUCAAGCAAGGGACGCUGAGAGUUCCAUUCUUCACCCUUCCUCUGAGCUGGCCAACAGUUAUAGUGGAGGCAGUGAAAAAGAAGCUGUUUAUUCAACUGUCAAGGGUACAAAAUCUGCUGAAGAUGUUAUCCUUAUCGAAACCACUCGAGAAAAAAAUGUACGGAAGGUGUGUGAGUCUCUUGCUGCACACAUGAUCGAGAAAGUGCGGAACUGUUUUCCAGCUUAUGAAGGAGGUGGUAUACAUAUAAAUCCUCAACUAGAAGCAGCUAAACUUGGAUUUGAUUUUGAUGGAGAAAUACCUGAUGAGGUCGCAACUGUUAUUUUGUCUUGCCUCAAGAGUCCUCCUUUACUGCUUCAGGCAGUUACUGCAUACACAUUGCGGUUGAAAACAUUGAUUUCCAGAGAGAUAGAGAAAAUUGAUGUCAGAGCUGAUGCAGAAAUACUUAGAUACAAGUACGAGAACAACAGAGUAAUGGACGUUUCUUCUCCCGAUGCUAAUUCACCGCUAAACUAUCAGUUCUAUGGUAAUGGAAAGAUAGGCGUUGAUGGAUCUUCUAGAGGAACCCAAAAUCAGCUUCUUGAAAGACAGAAAGCACAUGUUCAGCAGUUUUUGGCUACUGAAGAUGCACUUAACAAAGCUGUGGAGGCCAGAGAUUCCUGUCAGAGGCUUAUACAAGUUCUGCAUGGAAGUAGUGAUAUGGUUUCUGCAAAAACAGUUGGUACUGGGGUAAAAUCACAGAAUGUUGGUAGCCUUCGGCAGUUGGAGUUGGAAGUUUGGGCCAAGGAAAGGGAAGCUGCUGGAUUGAGGGCAAGCUUGAACACUUUGAUGUCUGAAAUCCAACGGCUAAACAAAUUAUGUGCCGAGCGAAAAGAAGCUGAAGAUUCACUAAAGAAAAAAUGGAAAAAGAUUGAAGAGUUUGAUGCCCGCAGAUCGGAACUUGAAACCAUAUAUACUGCUCUACUCAAGGCUAAUAUGGAUGCUGCAGCCUGUUGGAAUCAGCAGCCAUUAGUUGCCAGAGAAUAUGCAGCAAGCACUAUAAUCCCGGCAUGCACGAUUGUGAUAGACAUCUCAAAAAGUGCAAAAGAUUUACUCGAUAAAGAAGUUUCUGCCUUCUGCAGAAGUCCGGAUAACAGUCUCUACAUGCUUCCAUCAACCCCCCAGGCUCUCCUGGAGUCUAUGGGUUCUAGUGGAUCCACAGGACCCGAAGCUGUUGCUGCUGCUGAAAAAAAUGCUGCUUUAUUGACUGCAAGAGCUGGAGCCAGGGAUCCGUCAGCUGUGCCAUCCAUAUGCCGUGUUUCUGCUGCUCUCCAAUAUCCGGCUGGAAUGGAGGGGUCAGAUGCUGCUUUAGCAUCGGUACUAGAGUCCUUGGACUUCUGUUUGAAACUACGUGGUUCUGAGGCUAGUGUGUUGGAAGACUUGGCAAAAGCCAUCAAUUUGGUGCAUGUCCGGCAGGAUCUCGUAGAAAGCAGUCAUACAUUGCUAAACCACGCAUACCGUGCUCUGCAAGAAUAUGAAAGGGCUACUAACUACUGUUUGAAUUUGGCUGCCGAACAAGAGAAAACUGUCAUGGAUAAGUGGUUGCCUGAGCUUAAGGCUGCAGUUUCAAAUGCUCAUACUUGCUUCGAAGAUUGCAGAUAUGUUGCCGGUUUGCUCGAUGAAUGGUGGGAGCAGCCUGCAGCAACUGUUGUUGACUGGGUUACAGUUGAUGGUCAAAAUGUCGCCACUUGGCAUAACCAUGUCAAACAGCUUCUUGCUUUUUACGAUAAGGAACUCUUGUGAGCUGAGCUCAAGGUACCGAGGACAACCUUCAAUUGCCCUGUUCUGGAACAAGUUCCUAAAUUAACUUGCUAAUGGUUCUUAUGACAUGGAAGUUCCAGGAUAAUUACAUUGGAACAGAAGCAGUUUGCAUUAUUGUGGUAUAUACUGCUUUACACCUCCUAGGUACUUUUGACAACUUGAGAGGGAAAAUUUCACAGUCCCUCCGAUAAAGGUUGAGAUUCAUCAGCAGUGAUCCUCCGCCUACGUUGUUGGAUUUGUAUAGUGUGAUUGCGUUGCUUCUUUAGAAGCUUUUUCUGUAUAAUAUGUUUGUUAAAGCUUUGACUCUGGUGGUUCACUUUGCCACUGUUCUUUGGCUGAGAAUGAAGACUGAUGCCACUCGAGUCAUUUCGAGUUGCUUGCAGCAACUUGUGAUUGUAAUUUUGUAUUGUUUGGGAAGGUUGUCACCUGAGAAAUACAGGACGUGUUGAUAGUUACCAAACAAGAUUAGCAUUAUUAUCAUUGUUGAAUUUCAUUUUUUGAGAGUGGAUAGAGGGAUGAUCAGUUCA